AUGUCUAUCUUCGAUUUAGGAACCGAUGAUCAAAUUAAGGAAUUUAUGCAAGGUGAAGGAAAAAAUAUUAGAAAACCGUAUGUGGAAUUAAGCCGCCGUAUUCCAAACUUCUCUUCUAUACAAUUAUGUAAUAGGUGGAAUUAUAAACUUAAUCCUCGCCGAACGUAA